AUGGGUGUCGAACUCCAAGGAAACGGCCCUGGAGAGCUGCCCAUGAAUCCUGCCCUGGCUGUUCCUCUCUUCGCCGUAGGAGGAUUCGUCACUGUCUUAUUCAUUUGGAGAACGAUCAUUCGCAUUCGACACCGUCAUCGGUCAAAAUCAGCUCGACAGGUAGACGACCAGACCCAGCUGUCGCAGACGAGUAGCUUGAAUGCGAGCUUGAAGAAGCAUGUAUUCUACGCUCCCGUUUGUGGCGCCCGCCACAGCCGAGAUUUCAAGUUGUUCAGGCUCCACAUGGGAACUGUUCCCUUACGUCUAGAAGUGAUCCUGCUGGUUAUCUACCUCUUGCUAAACUUCAUUUUCGUUGUUGUCAUGGUGGACUGGUGGAAGGACUUUUCCGAUAAAAUGUUUCAACUCAAGUAUGCCGCUGGCCACUUGGCCGUGAUGAACACACCGGGUUUGGUUUUAAGCGCAGGCCGGAACAACCCAUUGGUCCAAAUGCUGGGACUUCCCUUCGAUACAUUCAAUUUUAUGCAUCGUUGGGUCGGUCGCGUUAUCGCAGCAAAUGCCGUGGUACAUAUGAGCGCAGUUUUGGCAAAUCAGGCCUACAUGCAUGGAACCGACUAUAUUAUUUACACAAUCUGGCGGAUGCCCUUUUAUAUUUACGGCCUUGUGGCGAUCCUUGGUUUUAUUUUCAUUGUGUUGCAAUCAUUGUCGCCGGUCCGACAUGCAUUUUAUGAGCUUUUCCUUCAUCUUCACAUUGCCUUGGCUGUCAUGUCAUUUGUGGCGUUGUGGUACCAUCUCAAGAACUUGUUGCAACAACGAGUCUUGCUGGGCACUUUGAUCCUCUGGGGCCUUGACCGCGUGGGUCGACUUUGCAUUCUUAUUUGGCGCAACUGUGGAAAGCGACGCACCACUGCGAUUGUAGAAGCUCUCCCAGGCUCUGUUGCACGCGUUGAUGUGGAAGUUUCUCGAGCAUGGAAGUUCCGGCCUGGCCAGUACAUGUACAUGUAUCUUCCAUGUCUGGGACUGUGGACAUCUCAUCCUUUCACAGUCGCAUGGUCUUCUACAGGGUCAGACUCAUCAAGUUUCGCCGAGAAGCGCAGUUUGAGUGAAUCAUUUGCUUCACUUAUCGGAGUAUCCGAGAGAACCACUAUGUCAGUCCUCAUCAAGGGCCAGGAUGGCUUUACGAAGAAACUUCUUCGAAAGGUGGAAGACUCACCUGAUGGGACAAUCAAGGCCACUGCUUUGGCCGAAGGACCAUUCGGCGGCAUUCAUUCUCUUGCAUCCUACGGAACUCUGCUUUUGGUUGCAGGUGGAAUCGGUAUUACCCACCCAAUGUCCUAUCUACACGAGGUGGUCAACAACUUUGCCUCUCGAAAAACAGCAACACGCAAGGUGCAUCUCGUAUGGAUGAUUCGUAACUUAGAUCACCUCGCAUGGAUCCAGACGUGGAUGACCGAGAUUUUCGGCCACGACUCCCUAAACAGCACCGUCAAUCCCAAGGGAGAUACAUAUUUCCAAAUCCCAGGUCUUUUACUCUCCAUCAGCAUCCAUGUGACUGGUCACAAGGAUGAUCCUGAGGAAUACAUUUCCUCGCCAGAGACGACGUGGACGGAUAGCGCACCAUCCAAUGUACCUGUCAAUAUUCACCAUGAAAGGCCUUCUUUCCGGACUUUGCUCGAGAACGAGAAAGCGGAACAGGUCGGUGCGUUGGCAGUUAGUGUGUGCGGCCCAGGUGGCCUUGGGGAUAGUGUCCGCGAUGCCGUCCGCCAUGUUCAGGGUGAAAAAACAGUUGAUCUGUUUGAGGAGACGUUCUCAUGGUGA